AUGGCCACAACAUCUCAAAACCAAUUGACAUCACGUAUGUUUGCUGAAAGAUGCUGUCAACGAGAUCUAGGAGAAAUAAGGCAUAAUAAUGAAAAUUCAUCGAUUAUAUUUGUUGAACCAAUCGGUGAUGAUUACUUACAUCUAGAGGCAGCUAUCACGGGACCUAUUUCAACACCAUAUGAAAAUGAAAUCUUUCAUAUUAAUAUAGAAUUAAGCGAAGAAUAUCCAUUUGUACCGCCACAAUCGAUAACAGUUGCACAUGUUAUACCGCAUUCAAAUGUAAAUGAAAUCAAUGAAUUUAUGUCAGAAUUAUUAACACCAGAAUUUUGGUUACCAACUAUGACAAUCAACAGUAUUUUAGAACGUGUAUUGGCUUAUAUGACAAUACCCGAUGCUGCCUAA